AUGCCGUACGCCGAACCAACAUCACCCAGUCCUAGCGACACUCUCAAGUCGCCACGGCCCUUGGUCAUGGGCCCCGCGGGCGCCACUCACGACGGCAGCCCGUUCAUUACCUCGUCGACAGGUCCCAUGCCUGGCAUUCCCCGACGCUCUGCGUCAACCAGCAGCAGCCCUCGCAAGAACCCCAUUACAUUCACUCCCCGGCAUGUGGGACCAGUCGUGACUGGUGCCCUUGCAGCGAUGCGUGCAGUGGAAAGCUUGCGGCGCCCAUCCCCGCAGCCGUCGCAACCCGUCGGAGCCCUGGGCCUCAAGCUGCCUCACCACCACCACCACCACCAGUCGCCUCGUUCGGCUGGUGCCAACAGCUCCUCGGACUCGAGUGCCAUCCUCACCACACCCGAGGACAACCACAUCCCACUCCCAUUGACGACGGCGGCAUCACACUCUGGCCACUCGCCCCCCAAGAUCUCCCUCUUGCAGCGGCAACGCCAGACGCGCCAGCGGGCGCUGUCCAACUCGUCCAACAUUUCGGCUUCGUCCAACGACACGGCUCCCGCCUCCCCGCGACCCCACCACCAGAUGGUGCGCAAAAAGUCUGGGGAGGUCGUCAAGUCGUCCCUCAAGCAGCGUUCCAUGUCGACGCCCGACUUGGGGCGCGGGGAGGCCUCGUCGGAUUCAAGCCCCGCCCACACACGGUCGUCACACAACUUGCGCGAGCGCACCAAGAGUGUGCGUUUUGACGACUUGGGCCUCGAGUCGGUCGUCGUCUUCCUCCGCGGCCAAAAGGUCACCGCCGUCUCCAAGGCGGCCGAGAACGGCGACGGACUGGCCGACGGCGAAGAUCAGAGCGAUACGGAUCUGUCCGACUAUGUCCACUUCCGCACCCGCCGCAGCGGUGCAGCUUCGCGUUCCGGUGGCGACGACAAGAACCCACAGAUUCAGAUCGAAACCCACACCACCGUCCCUCGUGUCCGCCUCGACUUUGGGCCUGGCACCGAGGGCCUGCUCAAGAACGAGUAUGUCGUCCUGGAGCGUCUCGAGAUGCAAAACGGCACCCCACUCAUGAUGCGCGGCACCGUGCUUGCCCGCAACAUGGCCUUUGACAAAUGGGUUGCCGUGCGGUUUACGCUCGAUGGCUGGCAGACUGUGUCAGAAGUGUCGGCGCAGCAUGUGUGCCACAUUCCGGCAGGCACCACCGGUGACGAGGGAUGGGAUCGAUUCAGCUUUUCGGUCCGCCUCGAGGACUACAAGCGCAAGAUUGAGGAGCGUUCCCUGCACCUCUGUGUGCGGUUUUCCGUCGACGGCCACGAGUGGUGGGACUCGAACGAGGGCAAAAACUACAGCGUCAGCUUCAAGCGCGCCAUCGUCGUUCGCCCACCAGUGGCAGCGCCGGUACCCGCUCACGGCCCGUCGCUGUUUCAGUCGCCGCGCUGCGACUCGCCCCUCCCAGAGCACCCCCACCCACACUUGCGCCUCCUCCCUCGCACAUCGCCGAGCCACGCCAAGAGUCCGCGCAACUGGAUCUUCCCACGCACCGCCGCCGACAAGGUGGUCGAGCGCUCAGACUCUCCGCAGCUCAGCCCUCCGCCACCCGUGUCGUUCAAGCCCCCAGCACCACCGGACGUACACACGCAUCUCCGCCUGAAGAAGUAUUGCGCGCCGUCGCCGCCGCAGUCGCCGCCGAAGCGCAUGCACCUUCCCCAGCUGCCUCCGCUUGUUCUAUCCUUGGCUCCAGUCCGCGCUACCGCUACACCCGGCGGUUCCGGUUCCGGUUCCGGUUCCGGCGCCGUGCCGGUCGCGGCGCCGGCCAUGGACCUCAUCCACGGCCACCCCGCGACAACAUGGUCGCCGCACGAGCGCAGCCACUCGUGGGCUGGCAAGUCGGGCGAGGCGUGGCAGCAGCAAAACGACAAGCAGUCGGCCAGUGACAAUGACGAGUCUGUCGGCGGCGACUCGACGCCGCGUGCCGCGCGUGCCCGUUCCCCCGAGACGCGUGCGCCCGAAAAGGCCGACAUGGCGUCGAUGGUGGACAGCCCGGUCUCGAUCACCAACACGUCGAGCUCGAGUGGCAGUGAGGACGAGACCGACAGGCCUGUGACGCUUAACCGCAGCACGGGCGACCUUCGUGCGCUCAUCAACCAAGACGCCAGCAACGGACUCAUGACACCGCCAAGCAGCAACCUCUCGUCCCCUCCCACCCCGAGCGCCGUCCUCCCCGGUCCCAUGUCUCCCUCCAUGUCCAUGUCCACCGGCGACUCGUCCCCCGUCAACACCUUGAUCUCGGGCUCGCCUGCCGAGAACGACAGCCUCGACGAGGCCCGAGGCCGCACCCUCAACGCAGCCACGUACCAGGAGUUUUUGGACAAGUUUUGCUUCUUCAAGUCUCCCCCCUCGGUAACCACUCCGCUCGAGGGGGUGAGUGCCUACACCCGCCCCAACUACAUCUCCAACUCGGGCUACUCGUCGCCUUACUACGGCUACUUUGGUGCCCACGCCACCGCUACGCCGACGCAGCUCGCGCACGAUGGCGCAGACGGCGGCUACCCCCUGGGCCAGUCGGCCAGCUCGACGGGCUCGGGAGCCACCCCGCGCGCGUCCCCGCCCACCCGCUCCCCGGCGUCCAACGCCUUCCCGCUGCCGUGCGACGCCAACACUGGCACAAGCGGCGUGCCCCUCACCACCGCGUGA